UCCCUUUUCCCUUCCUCUCUGUUCUUCCGUUCUCUGCCACCUCGUCUUGCUCCACUAGUUCUCCCUGCCAAGUGCCAACCUAGCUCUUCAACUCUGCAAUUUGCCCACAAUCGGUCCUUCCUCAUCGGCCAGACGUGAAAUUCCUUUCUGCUUCCUGAAAACUAGCGCACGCAGCGCCGCCGCAGCAACUAGCGUCGCACUUAGAAGGAACAACUGGUGAUAUCGACGGUGAGCCCCUAGUUGACUCUCCCCCUUCUGUGUUUUAACUUUUAACCAGUACGAGAAUAUAUAAGAUUAAGGUUUGUGGCCAUUUUGCUUCAUCAUUUCAAAUUUCUUUCCUUUAAUUUAUGCGAUUCAGUUGGUAGUGAGCAUAAGUACUAUUCAUAAGAGCAAAGCUCUUCAUAUUAGGGUAAUGUAUAAUUAGGAGAAGGGAAGAUGGUUUGAUCUCACUAUCCAUGGCGUUAUCAAACUAAGAUAGAGAUGGGAAUGGCAAGGAAUUAACUAAGCAUUAAUUGGUGCAGCAAAAGGAAGGGACCAGCCGGCUAGGAUGUGGGGUGCAGACAGAAUCAGUGGGUUGCCAAGCAGUGUUUUGGAUCACAUUCUGACGUUUUUGCCGCUGCGAGAAGCAGUGAGGACGAGUGUUUUGUCAAGGGAAUGGAGGAACAGAUGGGUAAAUAUGCCUGCCCUUGUCAUCGAUGACAAGUUUGGUAAGGUAGUGAAACCAGUCGCAGCUGCAGGUUCACCUGAUAUAGCAGCUGCUGCUAACUACAAACUUAUGUUGGAUAUUCUCAACGUUCUCAUGCACCACCGAGGUCGCCUAAAGGAGUUUUCUUUUUUGAUUCCUGAACUAAGAAGCUCGUUUCCCGACCAUCGGAUUGACCAGAUCAUCGACUUUUUAAACAUCAAACAUAUUGAGUCGCUGGCUAUUGAGAUCACAGACUAUGUGCUGCCAAGGCGAAUUUACUCCUUCACUCGACUCAAGAAGUUGAAGUUGUGUGGCUGCAAGUUCACAUCCUCCAACGUCGAAUUUGACAGUGCUUCGUUUGCUGGGCUCGACGUUCUCGAGCUUAUAGGUUUAGCGGUACCACAAGUUGAUGAAGCUUGUUUCAGCUUCAACUGCCUGUUGCUUUCUGCAUUGACCAUGGAAGGUUGCGGCCAUCAUACCAGCAAGAUUAGCAUUGUCAUUGAGGCUCCUAAACUAGAAUAUUUCCGUCUUUUGGGGAGCUUCAGCUUCCUGGAGUUCAAGCAUACCCCACUCCUCAAAACCGUAGAUGUCCAUCGAGAUUCCAGCAUCAAUAUUGUGGCCAAAGGCUACUCAAACUUUUUGAACUUUGCAGUCGGUCUUCCAGCAGUGGAGCGGCUUUCUGUCUCUGGUUCUUUCUACGACUACUUGACUAUCGGAGCUGAACAUGCAAUUAAGUCUUGCAGCCGGUGGUGUACGCUUAACCUGAAGCAUCUAAGAUUGGAUGAUUUGUGCCUCGGCUCAACUCUUACUGCCUAUCUGUGGUCUGGUUUUGGCUUGAUGAAUUCCUCCGCUGGCUUGACUGAAUUAAUCAUCAACAUUGGGAAGCCACACAAAUCUGGUAAUGUAGAACAGGGUUUGAAGUAUAUAAACAAUUACAAUAGUAGGAAGCUAAGGCCAAAACUGAAGCUAGUGAAGGUGAAUCAAUUUGACGGUACAAGGCUGGAAAUGGCUUUGGUACGAUCAUUCUUGGCGACAUCACCAGCACUUGAUAAGAUGGAAAUUGAGUUCUCAGCCGGCAUUGGAGUUGAAGAUCGAUGGUUGAUUUGUCAAGAGUUGUUGGAAUUUACACGGGCCUCGCCUACUGCCCGAAUCACGAUAAAGUAACUUGUAGCUAUAGCCAGUAAGCUGCCAAUAUGUAUGCGUACCACCCAUCAGAUGUUGUCUAGCAAAGGUUUCUACAUGAAGAUGGUUGGGUUUAUGGAUCUGAUGGUCGAGAGGCGCUUGUCUCCCAAGCCUAAGCGGGUGGUCAUGUUGUUAGUUAGGUGGAAGCUGGUAACUUGCAGCCUAGGAAGACAAGCCAACUACAAUUCCCAAGUUGGCAGUCAUUGAAAUUGACCCCAAAAUCAUGUGAAGAACAAACACCCUUGACUUCUUGUUUUCUAUUCAUCGUCACAGACUGAUUUAUUAGGAUCCAUAUUGUUGUGUACUCGGCUUUCAGUGUCUCCAAAUUCUUGUGCUUUCUAUGUAUUUUUUGUGGAUGGCCAUAUCUUUUUUUGCUGACGAACAGGAUGUUGCAGGGAUCGCUGGUGUGCUUGACAAAGCUUCAGGUCUUUUGUCUUCCUCCAGCAAAUAAAGAGGUACCUAUAUGAUAAGAAUGUCAAACCUGCUCCCCAUGAUCAUUCUUGGGGAAUUUGACCCGUCUCUCUGUAUCUGUUUCUUGUACAGGGUACACAGGACCAAGAGUUCUUGUACACAGCAUUAACUUGUGUAUUCUCUAGUCCGAUCACCUCUGCAAGUGACAGUAGCGGCAAGUCAUUGGCAUGAUUAUUAACAGACAAAGCUUGGUUGUUGCAGAGAUCAAGACACUCCCUUAAAAAACAAGCAAGAACAGUGCAAUUGGAAGGACAGAGCAUCACAAACUCUGUAUACCUUUUGUCCUCUUCGAGCAUUUACACAGAGGGCAUUCCACCUGAUUGCCUGAACUAAAAUUAGUCAUCGCCCCACACGUUGCAGAACACAAAAUCCCCACGCCGAGCAGCCCUCGUCGCCAGUCAACUACCAGCGGGAUGAAGGCGGCCGGAGGAUGGAACCGUUUGGCAGACAGAGGGCGGCGACUGAAGCAGAUGCCGCCGGACGGCAGGAGGAGCGGCGGUUUGUGCACGAAGCAGCAGCAUCGACGACGGGAACACGGGAGGAGGCAGUGGGCUGCGGCAGUGAUCGAAUUUAGAGGAGGUCCAAGAUAGGCCUAUUGGGCUUUUAGGCUUUGGCAGAUCCAUGUCCACCGUCCCACCAAUUUUAGCGCGAAAACAAACUCCUUAUUCUUCUCUCUUUUUUUUUUUUUUUUCCUCCCCCUUCGUCUUCCUCCUCCUUUCGUUCUUUCUACCAACUCAGCUCUUCAAUUCUGAAAUUCGCCGACAAUCGGUCCUUCCUCAUCGGCCAGACGUGACGCUCAUGUCUUCCUCCUGAAACUAGCCUACGCCGCGCCUCCGCAACCACUAGCGUCGCACUUAGAAGGAACAACGGAUGAUAUCAACGGUGAGCACCUAGUUUACUCCCUCCCCUCUGUGUUUUAACAACUAGUAAGAGACUAGAUAAAAUUAGGGUUUGUGA